AUGUCUGAGCCCAUCCGCAAUAAGCGCGCCGACCAGGCCAUCGCGCCGUACGUCUUCCUGCCUCCCUCCAACACCCAAGCCAUGUCGACACUUGCCGCUAACCACCACCCGGUGCUCAGUACGCCGCAAAACACCCCGGCCAACGCCGCCCCCAUCUCUUCGCGCGCCCAGCAACCUGGCGUUGCGAGUAUCAAGGAAGAGGACUUCGACCGCGCCGCGGCCGCGUCCAUCUUCGCCCAGAACCCCCAGCUUGUGUCCAUGAUCCAGGGCAAGCUCGGCUCGCUCGUCGGCCGUUCGUCCGGCUACAUUGAGUCCCUUCCCGCAGAUGUCCGCAAGCGUGUCGCCGGCCUGAAGGGCGUCCAGAAGGAGCACUCCAAGCUCGAGGCCGAGUUCCAGGAGGAGGUCCUGCAGCUGGAGAAGAAGUAUUUCGCCAAGUUCACCCCGCUGUACCAGAAGCGUGCCAAGAUUGUCAAUGGCCAGGAGGAGCCCACCGAGGAGGAGAUCAAGGCCGGCGAGGCCGCCGAUGAGGAGGACGAGGAGGCCGAGAAGGCCAGUGAGGAGGAGAAGGCCGCUGAGCCCACCGACCCCGUCAAGGGUAUCCCCGAGUUCUGGCUGUCGGCCAUGAAGAACCAGGUUUCGCUUGCCGAGAUGAUCACCGACCGCGACGAGGCCGCUCUGAAAUACCUGACCGACAUCCGCAUGGAGUACCUCGACAAGCCCGGUUUCCGCCUCAUCUUCGAGUUCGCCGAGAACGACUUCUUCACCAACAAGACCAUCACCAAGACCUACUACUACCAGGAGGAGAACGGAUACGAGGGUGACUUCAUCUACGACCACGCUGAGGGCGACAAGAUCGACUGGCUGCCCGGCAAGGACCUGACCGUCCGCGUUGAGAGCAAGAAGCAGAGGAACAAGAACACCAAGCAGACGCGCGUUGUCAAGAAGACGGUCCCCACCGAGUCUUUCUUCAACUUCUUCUCCCCGCCCAAGGCCCCCACCGACGAGGACGACGACAUCUCGUCGGACAUCGAGGAGCGCCUCGAGCUCGACUACCAGCUGGGCGAGGACAUCAAGGAGAAGCUCAUCCCCCGCGCCAUCGACUGGUUCACCGGCGAGGCCCUGCAGUUCGAGCAGAUCGACGACUACGACGAGGGCGAGUUCGAGGAUGAGGACGAUGAGGAGGAGGACGACCUCAGCGACGACAGGGACGAGGACGAUGAGUCGGACGAGGAGGGCGAUGGCUCGAAGCCGAAGCAGGAGGCGGCCGAGUGCAAGCAGAGCUAG